ACACUAAGCCAUGCAUUUGUUUAUUUAUUCCGCCAAAUUUCGUUAAUUUUCCUGUUGCAGCAUGUCCACCUGCAGUUCAUCCGAAAUAGCGGAAAAGAAGCGCAUUGCGCUGGCCAAGCUGCAGGCCAAGAAGUCCCAACUGCUGGCCACCACAUCCGCCGGAAAGUCAUCCACUGCUCCGCCAACAAAUGCGCAGCAACAAGUCCGCAAUCAAAAUGCGAGUCCCAAUCAACCGCUGGCCAAAUCCCCUCUGAACUUCUACCGAUCCCCGCCAGUAGCGCAGAAGAAGAUCGAGCGGAUUGCCACCAGCUCGUCCAGCGACAACAAGAGCUCGUCCUUCUUGAACGCCCUAAAGGCAAUCAAACAGACCUCCAGCCGGGAAUUGUCUCGAGGAGCCGCACAUCCCUACCAGCGGCCCAAUGGCGGAGAGAAUGGAAGAGGCAAGCCCACCCUGUCACUUGCUGCGGAAAAGGAACAGCCAGUGGCUAUUGCGCUCGGCAACUCGAUCACCUGCAAUCUGUACAUGAUCAGCACGCAUCGGUUUGCCGCCAAAACCUCCGGAUAUCAUGAAAAGCUCAUCGCGGUUUUUAAGAACAUGCCCACCAAGUCCUACGAACAUCAAACCCGCACUUGGAGUUUCGAUCUCUCGGAUUACCAAUCCCUACAGACGCACACAGCGGACCUAAGGCCACAUGUCCACUUGGUCGGCAUUCCAAAGAAGGUGCUGGAUCUCUGCCAGCAGAAGCCGCUGGUUUCGGAACGAAGUGUUUUGGCUUCCAUCGAAACCAAGCUGGCGGACAAGCUGAUGCCCUUUCAACAGGAUGGGGUUUGCUUUUCCAUUGCCCAAAAAGGUCGUAUUAUGAUCUGUGAUGAAAUGGGCUUGGGCAAAACAUACCAGGCUCUGGCCGUGGCCGACUAUUUCAAGGAUGAUUGGCCCCUGCUCAUCGUGACCACCGCCUCCACCAGAGACAGUUGGGCCAAACACAUUGUGGAGCUGCUGCCCAAGGUACCCAUCCACUAUGUCCAAGUGCUCAACAACAAUCAGCAAUAUGUGGGCGAGGCCCAGGUGCUCAUCACCAGCUACAACAUGAUGGAGCGGCACAUGUCAAUGCUGCAGCAGCGCAGAUACGGAUUCAUCAUCUUCGAUGAGUCGCAUACGCUUAAGAACAGCAAGGCCAACUGCACAAAGGCGGCCCAAAAGCUCACGGAUCAAGCUAGGCGCGUGGUCUUGCUGUCCGGAACUCCAGCUCUGUCCCGACCCUUGGAACUCUUCACUCAGCUCCAGCUGGUCGAUGGCAAAUUUAUGACUUACAAGGAGUUUACCACUCGGUACUGUGAUGGCAAACAAUCGACGUUUGGUUGGGAUGCCAGCGGACAAUCGAAUCUGGAGGAGCUAAAGGUUAUGCUUACACUAAAAUAUAUGCUGAGGCGAACAAAAGCGGAGGUGCUACCCCAGCUAGCUGAAAAGAAUCGUGAAACGGUGGUCCUGGAUCCCGCCUUGGUAUGGACCAACGAAGAAACAAAGGAAUCCUUGGAUGUCUUUAACAAAGAACUGAAAACAAGCAAGGGCAGAACCAUGGAGGAGAUUUUAUUACGUUUCUAUGCACGCACAGCCGAAGUCAAAACUCGUGCCGUGUGUGCCUAUCUAAAAACCUUGGUUAAGGAGCAGAAAAAGUUUAUAAUUUUCGCACAUCAUCGGGUCAUGAUGGAUGCCAUUAGCGAUUGUCUAAGUGGAUUAAGAGUUCACUACAUACGCAUCGAUGGACAGACCCGGAGCGAUCUGAGGUCGGAUUUUGUGGAUACAUUUCAGAAGACGAGCAGUUGUAAGGUGGCGCUGCUCUCCCUUAAAGCCUGCAAUUCAGGGAUCACACUAACUGCAGCGGAGCUUAUCGUUUUUGCUGAACUGGACUGGAAUCCAAGUACCCUGGCUCAGGCUGAAAGUCGAGCACAUCGGAUUGGCCAGACAAAGCCGGUGAUUUGUCGCUAUCUGAUGGCCCAUAAUACAGCGGACGAUACCAUCUGGAACAUGCUAAAAAACAAGCAGGAAGUUCUCAGUAAAGUGGGUAUCUUUGCCGAGAAUCUUCAGAAGGCCACGCACACAGCUGCACCCACUUCGUCGCAUAAAAUUGAGGAAUUCUUCUCGCCCGCCAAAUCUAAUUGUUCAAAUCCGGAAAAGGGUUCUAUAAAACAAUACUUUUCGCCUGCUUCGGUCAAGGCGCCCAGUGAACCAAAUAAUAUUACCGAAAAAGCUAGAGAAAGCAAUGCUGCAUCGGAUAUGGCGGCGUUCUUUAACGAUGAUGAUGAUGAGGCUUUUUUAGAUUUAGAUAUUUAGCAUAGUAAAUAAAAUAUUGCAUUGUUAAAUGAGUUAGAAUGAGUUAAUUUAAAUAAAUUGUUUGCAAUGUUAAA